AUGCUGUGGAUUAAAGUCAACAUGCUCCUUGUGAGCGGCCUCUGUGCACUGUCACAGGUUUCAGGCGCGGCAAAUGUCGCACAGCAUAUCGAAUACAUGAAUGCUAUGACUGGAAAGAUUGGAGCCGCGAAAGACUCCCUCAAUAACUAUAGCGGAGGUAUCCCAUCCGCUCUUGGUGUUGCUAGAUCCCUAAUGGUUGCGCAAACCUCUACUCGAGAUGCCCGCGAGAAACUGGCGGAAGAGGAUACAAUGACACCUGAAGAAGGCGACCGGUACUAUGACACUUAUUCGCAAAUGGUCCCUGUUCUUCUCGAUGCUAUCCACUCUGCUCAAGAAAAGGCCCCCCUUUUUAAAAGGUCUGGAUUGGGCCCUGAAGCUCGCACGUAUCUGGGCAAUCUGCACAACGAAAAGAGACUUUUUGAGUCGCAGGUCAAGGCCAAGCUCCCGGCGGAAACCUUUCGCAAGGCUCAGCCUUCCGUUGAUGAGAUCAGCACUGCAUUCGACGAGGCAGAUCGGGCAUUUCGAUGA